AAAGGGAUUGCACGCGUUUGACUCCCUUCUCCAACUCCUUCCUUAGUCAUCAGCAAAAUGCCCUAGCCUCCACCAAAGAAAUCAAACCCUAGCGUCCACCAAUCUUGUCGCCGUCUGUUGGAGUGAGAGACUGCUGCUGCCGCCUCCGUCGCACUCAAGAACUUCCAUCUUCGUGCUAUCGGCGUUCGUUACUUCGCUCUCACCAUCCCCUGUUCGCUCUCAUCAGUCGCCUGUUCGCCGUGGUCCGUUGCGCUCAACCGCUCUCCGUCGUCCGUCGAAGGGAGCAGCUCAAAGUUAGGAGUGGAGUAGCUUGCAGCAUUGAAAACCAUCAGCACAAUGAACUGGUGAUAGAGGCAGUCAUAAUAAUAAGUAACAUGCCAGUAGACAUGUUCUGUAAUUUUAUAUUAUAGCAAUACACAUAUUCUAUAAUUUUUAUUGUGUUGAUGAUUUAUUGAUUGUUUUUUAUUGUGUUGAUGAGAGUUGUUCUAUAAUUUAUUUAUUAUUUUAUUUUGAAACGAUUUUUUCGGUUGAAUUACGGUUGGACCGGUUGGACCAGUAAACCAGUGAGUAAAACGGUUCGAUGACCGGUCCGGUUCUCAGAACCUUGCUUCUCCCUCCUCUCAGCCUAUGUUCUGCUUGCCCCGAAUCAUUCACUCUCCCUUAUCCAACCCUAGCUACUCUUUUCGACCCACUGCCGCCUUUCCGUUGGGCCACUGCUGCAUCCAUCCGUUGAGCUCGGCCGCCGUCCAUCCGUGUAGCCACUGCCCCCAAGUCUCCAUCCCCCCUGCUCUCUUCUUCCACGAGCUCGCCCCAUCCCCUACUCUUUGCAUCUUCUCGCCGUCGUCUGGUCGGCGUCGUCUUCGAAGUAGCAUGCUUGUCCAAGAUCCUACCAAAGGUACCAAUGUGGAUGAUAUUUUUUAUCAAGCGAGACAGUCAACUGUUGAUCCACCUUCUGAAAAUACAUCAAGAUUUAUCAAGAAUGUAUCAAAGUGAAUGACUUAAGCAGAGAAAUCACGGAGAGCAAAAAGCAGCUCUUUCCAAUGAAUUCAAUAUUUCAACACUCUUCUUCUCCGCCACGUUCCACUGCCACCAUUACCACCCUUCUCAAGGCCUGCAAGACCAUUCAUCACCUCUACCAAGUCCACGCCUCCAUCAUUCAACGAGGCCUAGAGCAAGAUCACCAUAUCAUCUCCUGCUUCAUUUCCAUUUCCGCCUCCUUUGCCACCACUGCUUCAUAUUACACCGCCGUCUUUGACUGCGUCCUUAGCCCUUCCCCUUUCCUCUGGAACUCCCUCAUCGGAGCCCACACCAAAGGAAGUUUUUUUUUUGACACCUUCUCUACUUUUAUUCGCAUGAAGGCACAUGGGUCUCUUCCCGAUAGGUACACUUACUCUUCUGUGAUUAAGGCCUGUUCAAGCAUGUCUAGGUCCUGGGAAGGAAAAUUGCUCCAUGGCUCGGCAUUGAGGUGUGGGGUUGAAGGUAAUAUGUUUGUUGGAACCUGUUUGGUCGAUAUGUAUGGGAAAUGUGGAAAGAUUGGUGACGCUCGCAAGGUGUUUGAUGGAAUGUGUGAGAAGAAUGUAGUUUCAUGGACGGCUAUAGUGGUUGGCUAUGUGAAGGAUGGGGAUAUGGUGGAGGCAAAGAGGCUGUUUGAUGAAAUGCCUCAAAGGAAUGUGACAUCAUGGAAUGUGAUGAUAUGGGGUUUUGUGAAGGUGGGGGAUUUGGGCAAUGCUAGGGUAGUGUUUGAUGCUAUGCCGAAAAAGAGUGUUGUUUCUUUCACGAUCAUGAUUGAUGGCUAUGCAAAGGCUGGUGACAUGGCUACCUCAAGGUUCUUGUUCGACCAAGCUCCGGAAAAGGAUAUUGUUGCAUGGUCUACUUUGAUAUCAGGGUAUGUACAGAAUGGUCAACCUAACAGGGCCUUGAGAGUAUUUCUUGAGAUGGAGUCAAUGAAUGUGAAACCUGAUGAAUUCAUAUUGGUUAGCUUGAUGUCGGCUUCUUCUCAGUUGGGUAAUUUAGAACUGGCUCGAUGGGUUGAUUCUUAUGUAAACAAGAGCUCUAUUGAUAUGAAACAGGACCACGUGAUUGCAGCGCUUCUGGAUAUGAAUGCUAAAUGUGGAAACAUGGAAAGGGCAUUAAAAUUAUUUGAAGAAAUGCCUAACCGUGAUCUAGUCUCAUAUUGUUCGAUGAUACAAGGGUUGUCAAUUCAUGGAUUCGAGGAAGAUGCACUGAAGUUCUUUAACAGGAUGGUGAAGGAUGGGCUAACUCCGGAUGAGGUGGCCUUCAAAAUCAUUCUAACAGCUUGUAGUCAUGCUGGACUUGUUGAUGAGGGCUGGAACUACUUUCGCUCUAUGAAGGAAAAGUACUGUGUUAGUCCUUCACCUGAUCACUAUGCAUGUAUGGUUGACCUUCUAAGUCGAUCAGGGCAUUUACGGGAUGCUUAUGAGCUUAUAAAAGUAAUGCCGGUGGAAUCUCAUGCUGCUGCCUGGGGUGCACUUCUUGGGGCAUGUAAAGCAUACGGUGAUUCAGAGUUAGGAGAGAUUGCUGCUAAUCAACUUUUUGAGAUUGAACCUCAAAAUGCUGCUAACUAUGUGCUGUUGUCUAACAUCUAUGCAGCAGCGGAUCGUUGGAUAGAUGUUUCCCUUGUAAGAACGAAGAUGAGGAACAGUAGGGUGCGAAAGGUACCUGGUUGCAGUCAGUUUAAUCCAGACUUGGGCUCUUUGGCCUUUUAAGCUUCCAAAAUUGCAUAUAUGAAGCUGUCAAUGAGGAAAUUCUGUGCGGAAGGUACCUGGUUGCAGUCAGUUUAAUCCAGACUUGGGCUCUUUGGCCUUUUAAGCUUCCAAAAUUGCAUGUAUGAGGCUGUCAAUGAGAAAAUUUUUGUUGCAUAAGAGCUAAGCUGCUAAACAUCGUAGACCAAGAAUAAGUUCUGAUAAAGGUCAUGGCUGAUCCAACCUCACCUGCUCCUCAAAAGGGUCAAUCCUCAUCUUCUGAUCAGUUGAUCUUGAAAGAGUUGUAAGGGACACUCAUGGUUAUAUAGGAGCAGACCUUGAAUAAGAGAUUUUAUUCUGCAGUGUAUAAGAGAGAAGAUGGAUGUGAUUGACUUGGAGGAUGAAUCGAGUGAUAUUGAAAUUUUGAAUUCUAUGGUUGUCACCAAUGAGCACUUCCAAACUGCUUGGGCUUCUUCAAACCCAUCUGUGUUGUGUGCAAAAGUGAGUUCCCUUGCUGAAUUCUCAACCUGAAUGAUUCUAAGCAUGAUUAAUCUUUUUUGAUUGCAUAAACUUUGGAAAAGAAAGACACUACUCUUGCAAAUAUAUACAAUGCAUAUUAAUGUCUUAUCCUUUGUAUUUCCUUGUAUUUAUUAAGUUCUGUUAUUAUUUCAGUUACAAAAUUGAAUGAAAAUGUUCUGUUAUUAUUAUGUUGACCUUUAAUGUGGCAAUUGUUUACGUGAACCAUGAUGGAGGUUCCAAAUGUUUCCUAUGAUGAUAUUGGAGGUCUGGAGAAUGUUAAAAGGGAGCUUCAAGAGUCAAAGAUUUUCCUGCAAGAAUCUAUGUCCCUAAAUUCAGCAUACAAGUCAACCAGAGUUCUGCCAAGUGCCAACCACCAUAUCAACUUCGGCACCAAACUUAAACACCAGCCCAUGAACUCCCCUAACCUAGUCCAACAACGAAUAACACUUGAACAAGCCAAUAAAAGUACUGUGAUCAGGUCUUAAGAAAUGAACCUCCUCAUUUCACUAAACAACCUCUUCACCACACCAAAUUUACCAACUUGAGCAAAUCCAGAAACCCUGACAUUCCAAGCAACAAGGUCCCUCUCCAACAAUUCAUGAAAGACACAAGAAGCACUUUUAAGAUCGCUGUCACUGUUAAAGUACAUAUACACAAGAGAGCUCCCAGCAAACUUGUCCCUCUCAAGGCCACACCGAACCAACACACCAUGAAGCUGCAAACCAACAUCCCUCAAACCAGGAUCAGCACAAGCAUGGAGCAGUGCAGAUAACGUGUACUCAUUGGGACUCUCACCAACCUCACGCAUGUGAUUGAACAUGUCAAAGGCUUUUGGGAGAUACCCAUUUCUAAGAUUUGCAGAAAUUAAGGUUGUCCAAGUGAUAACGUUCUUGUGGGGCAUUUGGUCGAACAGGUGGUGGGUAUAGCUGAAUUGGCCACAUUUUGAAUAAAGGCUCAAAAGGUUAUUUGCCAAAUGCGUCUGCGAGAUGCAUUAGGUGACUAAAAGCUUUACAUGAAUUUGUUUGCACUCUGCGAGCUUUGUGGGGUUUGAAGACUUCGCCAAUGACAGCAAAAACUGGUGAAGAUGUUUAACUCAUUGUGAUUGGAUUGUAACAAAUUAAGUUCUUAUUGGUUUUACACAAAGACCUAGAGAAUAAGAUAUUACCAUAUCAUGGUUUAAUAAUAACAACAUAGACACAGUUAAUUUCGUCCAAAAAUAA